GGUUUCAAAGUGUAGGGAUUUCGAUGUUCCGAAAACUGCCGUUAUUAAAAAAAGCCAUCUGAAAUGUAAUAAUUUGUUUGGGAUGGAUUGGUUUUUGUAUGAUUAGCCAUUUUGAUUUGAGCGCGCGCGGGACUCACAGUUUGCCGGUAAGACGCUGACAUAGAAGUAACGGUGAAAAAAAUAUCUACAACAACAAACACAGUGCUACAGCAAACAGCAAACAGUUCCCAUAUUAAACUACAUUCUCAAAUCGAAAAGCACUUUCAUAACAGUAAAUUUUUGUGUAGAAUAUGUCGACUAAACGUAAGCGCCCGCCAGCGAAGAAAACAGCCAAUAAGAGAGGCAAAAAGAAGGAAGAGUCUGAUGUUGAUUCAGAUUUAACAGACGAAAGUGACUUUGAGAAUAAUCCUCAGCAACCACAGGAUGAGGUCCUCAUUGCUGGUCAUGGGGAUAUCCUUGAUGAGCCAACCAAAUUGCCUGAAGAACUAUUGAAAACAUUAGUAAAGCCAUCUGGAAAAUUGCUCAUAUUUGGUCAAGUUAAUUGGGACAUUACAGGACGGAAGGAAACAAAGACUUCGAAAAGGGUUCACCCUAACAUUUACGUUCCAAAUCGAUUUACAGAUUUGGAUAUCAGAUUUGCUGUAAGCGGAAGCUCAUCUGCGCACAGUAUUUUAAUUGAUGCCAAUGGCAAGACAUACACUUUUGGUCGCAAUCAACAUGGUCAGCUGGGCUUGGAUCAUGUAAACACCACUGAUGCACCCACUGAAGUGCCCAAACUUGCUGAACUUAAUGUGAUCAGUGCUGCAUGUGGUCGCAAUCACAGUUUGUUCCUCACAGACACUGGCACUGUUUAUGCAUGUGGAGACAAUAAGUCUGGGCAAUGUGGAGUUGGUAAUUUGCAAUCGCAGAUACUGACUCCAACCAGAAUUAAUUACAGAGGUCCUCCUAUUGUUAAGAUUGGCUGUGGCGGCGAAUUUUCCGUUAUUUUGGAUAUUAAAGGUGGACUCCAUUCGUUUGGUUUGCCUGAGUAUGGACAACUUGGCCACAAUACUGAUGGUAAGUAUUUCAAAACUAGCACACGCUUGUGCUUCAAUCACGAAACCAGCCCAAAACGAAUCGUUUUGUACAUUGAGAAGAGCAAGGAUGGCCACGUUGCUCCUGUGGACGUGACAGAAAUUGUCGACUUUAGUUGCGGACAAAACCACACUGUUGCUAUUGAUAGCAAGAAGAGAGCAUUCUCGUGGGGUUUCGGAGGAUUCGGUCGUCUUGGUCAUGCGGAACAAAAAGAUGAGAUGGUUCCACGUUUAAUUAAAUAUUUCGAUACACAAUCAAGAGGAGUAAGGUCUGUAAACUGUGGUUCAACUUACAGUUUAACAUUGACUGAUAUUGGGGCGCUCUUCAUGUUUGGUCAAACCAAGAGAACUGGUGAAGCCAACAUGUACCCUAAACCCAUUCAAGAUUUGGCUGGUUGGGACAUUCACCAAAUAGCCACUGGUAAUACAUCAAUCAUAAUCUCAGCUGAUGAGUCAGUCAUAGCCUGGGGCUGUUCUCCGACAUUCGGAGAACUCGGUUUUGGAGAAUAUCAGAAAUCCAGCACUACUCCAAAAGAGGUUUCCAAAUUAAAUGGCGUAAAGGUUAUUUGUUUGUCCAUGGGUUACUCCCACACUAUGGUCGUAGCAAAGUACGAAACACCAGAACAAAAAGAAGCCGUUGAUGGUCUUGAAGAAUUCACACUUUAAAUUAUUCCAUGAUUAUUUUAAGACACGUUUUUUUUAAGUUUCAAGUACCAUUUUAAAGAGAAAAGUAAUACAAAAAACUGCCCUUCCAUUUCAUGUUUCUACAAGUAUUUUUCGUUUAUUUUUAUGUUCAUAUUUAUUUAGGGUCUUAAGUAAUAUGUGCUAAGGUGUUUUAAUACUAUUUUAAGCGUAAGAAACAUUUAAACAAACGAAACAUUGAUAUUGGAAACUACUAAGUCUUAUAACUUAUAAUUGUCAAAAUUAUUCCAU